AUGGCCGCUAGAAGACAUGACUAUGUUGACGACAUCACUUCUGCCAAGGAAUCAUGGGACAUUGUUAUUCAAAUUGGUGACAAGAUACAAGCUUCAGUUAGGAAAGUCAUAUUGUCUUUUCAAUCUAAGAUAUGUGAUGGAACUGUGUAUAAUUUGAAAUCCUUUGGUGUUGCCGCUAAUUCUGGAGCUUAUAGGACUACAAAACAUAAAUUCAAGUUGAGUUUGCAAAGUGGCACGCCUACACAAGGCCUCCAAAAACUUGAGACAGCUCUGCUGAUAACAAUCUCUCCUUAUAGAUUGGUAUCUUUUCUAGAAAUUGUUGGGAAAAUUGAUAUGGACUAUUUGAUCGAAGUUGUGGCAAUUGUAUCUGCUGUGGGACGUGAAAGGGUUUAUGAAAGGAAUUGUGUCACCACUAAGUUUAAUGUGAUUGAGUUAGAGUCUAAUGGAAUGAAACUUGAAUGCAUACUUUUUGGAACAUAUGUUGAUGCCCUUGAUGCAUUCCUACAGACUGGCUACAUAGGAAAAUUUGUCGUGCUUGCUGAGUGUCUGAAAGUUAAAAUGUAUAAUGGGAAAGUACAAUUGUAG